GUCUUUAUAUUUUGUGUUUAAUAUAAUGAAUUUAAAAUGACUCAAGCUUAUGAUAACUAUUACAGUGAAUUUCAGAAAAAUGCUGAGUUGCAGCAAAAUUUAAAAUAUAAAAAAAAAUAUCGAAGAUUAAAAAGGAUCAUAAAAGAUACAGUAUUCGAAAAUGCAGCAUUAUGUGAUCAGGUUGCACAAAUGCAAGAAAAUCUUAUGCUUGUAAAAGAAGAAAGGUUGUUUCUUUUACGUAAAUUAUGUCAACAACAAGGAGAUAUAGAUCCUUCUACUAUGAUAGCUCGAUCUCAAUCAAACAGUAUUAAUACUAAUACAUUUAAUCCAGAAUGUUCCACACCUAAAAAAACUACAAAAAAAAGAGUGUCGACUGAUGGCUCAGAACCAAAAAAUAAAGCUAAGCGUUAUAAUAAAACUGCAAGGAAAGUAGUUCAAUUAAUACCAUUAGAUGUCCAUGGAAGACCUAUAUUUCCUAUUUCUUUGGGUGAUCUCACUGUAUACUCGCUUGGAGAAGUAGUAUCAGACAGAAUUGCUUAUCAUACAGAAGAUCUCAUUUAUCCAGUAGGUUAUUGCAGCACUAGAGUAUAUGCUAAUUUAAGAGAUGUAAGAACAAAAAGUUUAUAUACAUGUAAAAUAUUAGAUGGUGGAUCAAAACCAAGAUUUGAAAUUGUAUCUGAUAAUGAUCUAGAUCAACCAUUGGUUGGAUCUACUCCUGAUGAAUGUCAUUCUAAAUUAUUAAUGGCAAUUUCUCCUGCACUUCGUUCAAUAACACCAAAAGGAGCUGAUUUUUUUGGAAUUUCACAUCCUACUAUACAAAAUCUUAUUCAAAGCACACCUGGAACUCGUAAAUUAGCUAUGUACAAACAACAACGUUUCGAAGUAAGCAAAAAUCAACCAAUAGAAAGAGGUACAAGUCCAGUAAUGGAAGAAGAAACAGAUCCUGGACUUGGAUUUGCUGCUUUGCAUAGGCAUUAUGCAUUAGCAAAUUCAUACAGAAUUAAAGAAGAACCAUCUGAUAAUGAUCUUUUAGCUCUUCAAGAACUUCUCUCGUGAUCUUUAUAUGUCGAUAAAAAAUUUUUCAAAAAAAGAUAUUUUGCUUUAUGUAUUGAUACAAUACGCACAUUUCAUUAUUAUCAAACAUUAAUCUAAAUUAUAUAUUUACAAAAAAUUGAAAAAUCUUUAAAACUAGCAACAUUCAUUCUAAAAAUCACUUUAUAUUAUUUAUUAAACUACAAUAUAUAAAGCAAUUUAUUCUUUAUAAAUAUUUUUCUAUUUUAUUGAAAUAAUGUAUAAAUAAAAUUGC